AAAAUAAUUAAAAAACGAGGUCGCCAUGACCAAAACGGAUUAUUGAGAGGGUUGUUAUUAAAUGUUUGUGCGUGGGGAAGAAGCUGACUAUUAAGGAAGUCAGCCGAAUUGCAAGACAUGGCUCCCAGGAAAACAAGAACUACGGCCAAGGCAAGGAAAAAUAACCCCAAGACGGCUAAGCUAGAAGCCUUCCUGGAGGACUUCGACAUCGAGGUGAAGACCAGAGUGGAUCAGAUGAAAGAGAAGCUCAACCAUCUGCUGAAAGAUGUGGACAAAGGCUACAACAUGGCACUCAUUAAGCUCCCAAAGUGUCUCCGCCAAAUGCCAUGGAUGGAACAAUUCAAAUCUGAGAAACCAAAGUCACCAGAAGUGGCGAAUGUUAGUAGAGAAGAGGAAGCUGCUAUUGUUGAGAGCAUUGUGGCCGAGAACAAUCCAGCCCUUUUCCAAUCAGUCGAAAAAGCAACAAAUACAUCAGCUAAAUCCACUUUAGAAGAUGAAAACCCCUCGGGCACAACACGGAAGGCGAAAGCAACAAGGAAACCUCCAACCACAUCAAAGAGAGCAAAGGCCCUGACGGUCAGACGAUCGAGCAGGAAUCCAUUUGUCACUCCUGCAAGGAAAAGGAAUUAUUCUCUGAUGAUGGGAGCCACGCCCCUCAUUACCCCACGCUUUGAUCCCAGGUAAGCAGGCUUCAUAGUAAAAGCUGCAUUUAAAAAUGCAUAAUAAUAUUGUC